AACUUUUCUAGUAAUAGCAGCUAUCAUGUGAUCAGAUGCUGUUUGUGUCUUUGAUUGAAAAUCUGCAUCACUUUAUCCAGUUGUUGGGCAGCGCGUGCGAUUUAUUCCAUGAGUCCUGACCUGCGUCCUGGGACCCUUUAUUUCAGCAUCUAAUGCAUAGAUCAGCAUCAGUGCCUUGCGCAAAUGGUAUUGUUUUGGGGUUGCCCUGAAUCGGAAUCGCGGGGAGCCUGGUAGAUAUGAAAAUCACAUUCGGUUUCGUGGUGGUCGGCGGGGGUCUGACGGGUGUUCUCAGUUUCAGCUGUUUAGCGCUCGCCAUUGGGACUGAAUAUUGGUACAUCAUUGAAGACCAGCGCACGAACCACACUAACCCGGAGCGCAGCAACUCGGGACUUUGGGGAGUUACAGAAGAUGAAAAAAGUAAUUCAGAAGACACUGGAUAUUCAGAAUCAGAAAGACAGAUGGAAAUCAUGCACCGCGUGAUUGCCAUCUUACUGCCCCUGAGUCUGGUGAUGCUGGUGUUUGGAGGUAUCUGUGGUCUCGUCAGUUCCCUAGCCAGAAGCCGGGCACUCCUGAUUGGAUCUGCUUCAUAUUUCCUCUUGUGCAGUCUUCUGACUCUCUCUGGGGUGAGCUUGUACAUCAGGUACUCUCAGAAGGCACUGGAAGAGACAGAGCGGCGGAUGGGCAGAGAACAAAUGGCUCAGGUGCACACGUCAUUCGGCUGGUCAAUGGGAAUGGCCUGGAUCUCCUUUCUUUUAGAGGUGAUGACUGGCCUUCUGCUGCUGCUGGCUGUCAAGCUGGUGCCUUUAACCCAGUAUGAAGACUCCGUCGCUCCCAUAUAGAGCAGGUUCAAGACCUCUUUGCACCAUACGUGUCCAUAUCAGGCAAGGUUUAUUGGAGUUGGUCAAGGUAAGAUCUACUCUUUGUGUAAUAUCAUCAGCAAAAAUGCAGAUGCUACACCUAUUGGCCCAAAGUGUGCACAGACUUGUUUGCUUCUGUUAUAAAUGUUUAAAUGCCACAUUCUAGACUGAUGAAAUCAUUUAAAAAAAUAACCCCUUAAAAAUUUAGGUUCAUUGAUUGCUUGAUCAAAGGAACCUUCCAUAUCAAUGGAACCUUUUCACUGCUCAAAAGCAGUAUUGGGGAAAGUUACUUAGUAAAAAGUAAUGCAUUACAAUAUUGAGUUGCUCCCCAAAAAAGUACCUACAC